AAAAAGAGUCAUCCCUAUAAUAAAAACCCACCAUCCAUCAUCCACUCAGCCAAACCAGCCAACAACAGCAACAACCACCCAGAACUCCAUCAUGAACAACGACAACCCAUUCAUACAAACAUCAACUCACCCAUCCACUUCAUUCGAAACAGCCCUACUGCUUCCUGACCUCUUUGAGCACCACAUCAUCAACAGUCUCUCCUUCAACCCGAAUCCAUUCAACAACAAAACCAACAACAACGAUCAACUCAUCAACCCAUCAUCCUGCUCAGAACACUACCUCCAUCACCCCUCCAGCCACUUUGGUUUCCAGAUUCCGCCCAGUCCCCAGCUACCACCAGCAGUCGAUCGUCCAAGCGACAUCCAUUUAGCACCCCUCCAAUUCGACAACGGCCUGACCAUCAACAACCUUGAUCCUCUUCUGCUCAAUCCUAACAAUAACAAUAAUAAUAAUAAUCUAAGUAACUCCAUCGACUGUUGGAUCGACUUCACCGGAGGUGAUUCGAGCUGCAGUCCUUCAUCCUCCUCCGGUAGUACCACCACCUCACCCACCGGAUCUGCCUUAACAGACCCGCCGGCAAGUACAGCCUCCAAUCAUACUGUCCCUUCCUCCCUGAUCGUCGAUCACCACCCAGUUGCUGUACAACAACAACAACAACAACAAUCUUAUUGGAUCUCCCCCGAGCAGGCGCCUCAGCCACUACUGCCGCCGCCCCCACCGCCGCCACCACCGCCUCAUGCGCCUCCUGCAGCGAUCAACAGCCAAGUCAUCCCUGGUCGUCGGACUAGCUACAAACGGCAAUGUACCAGGAAAACUGAGCAGUCUCUAUCCCUAAUCGAACCCUCCGCCCGCUCAUCAUCAUCAUCAGCAUCAUCAUCACCACCACCGUCAGAUUCUUCUUGCUCCCCAUCUCCUUCAACCUCCUCUUCCUGCCAAGAACCAUUAUCAAAAUCAAAACCCAAGAACAAGAAGAAGAACACAAACAUAAAGAAGAAGAAGAAGAAGAGCUCUUCUUCCCAGCAGCCGAAGCCGAGCACAUCAGAUCCCAAAGAUGGACCGACGAGCAGUAGCAAUGAUCAUCACACCAAUAACGGCACGGCUGCUCGGAAGAAGAUGAUGGUCAAGAAGAAGGGCGAAGGGCGGAACGAGUUCCUGGAACGCAAUCGACUCGCCGCCUCCCGCUCCAGAGCCAAGAAGAAAACUUACCAGCAGUUCCUCGAGGACCAGGCCGGACGGCUCGAGGCCGAACAGGCCAGACUCCAUGCUAUCAUCCACAACCUCAUCCUCGAGAAGGAUCACCUCAAAUCACUCGUCCAGGCCCAUUCUCUCGCCACCUCUCACAUCCAUCUUUAGCUUCCUUAAUCUCCUACUCCAAAAACUAAAUUAAAAAAAAAAAAACGAUCCAUAUACGCUUUGUUUUUAUAUUCUCGCUUCGUUUAUUCUGUUCUGUUCUGACGGCUCGUGAUCUUAGCAUCCUUAUUACUCCACCAUGUGCCAUCAAUCAACAUGGGUUGCUGCAAAACAAAAAAAAAGAGCUGUGUUUUUUUUUGAAGCUCACCUAGAACUAUCAUCAAAUUUAUAUUAUUAUAUGUGUGUAUGUAUGUACUCGUCUCUAUCUAUGGUUCCAACCUAUCACUCAAAUCCACCCCAAAAAAACAGCAUUAUUAAUGUUAAGAUGACUAACAGCAACACCAACAUGUAGAUUAUCAGCAUUAUUAUUAUUUUAUAUUUUAUUUAUAUGUCUGUGUAUGAUCCUGAUGUCUCAAACGAGUCUACUCAUGUAAUAUCUGCGCUUUGUGGUCCGUUUUAUCACCCGCUACUUCCCCCUUUUAUUUAUGUUUGUUCAGACAACUCAUCAAUCAAGAUGGACUAUAUAUUAUGUACUACUUCUUUUGCAUUUCCUCAUCCUCUCUACUCUUUUUGUUCCUUUUUUUUUGUGUGUGUCUGUGUGUGGCUCUUUUAUUUAUUUGUUUGGUCAUGAUAAUAUUCAAUCCAAGCAGAAUUUUACUCAUCACUAGACCAUCG